CGUUUCAUCGACUUUCCUAUCCUUUUGCCCGUAACACAGACUAAAUCUACCUCCUUGCUGAGGGGCGGCAUCACGCCUUUGGGCGAUCCUCGACGACACCUCUGACGAACGUGCGCCUUGCCGAAGUAGAACUUGAGCAGAUGGAGACAACGAAUUCGACGACGCCAUUUGGCACAAACGAAUACGAUUACGACGUACCAGUGCAAGAAGCGACGUUGAUCAACCCCACCGUCAAUCCCUUCGAUCUCGUGUUCCAUGUCGACCUCUUCCUCUGUGCCCUUGUCGCCUUGUUCGCACUCGCGACGCUCCCGCGAGCCAUCUCCCGCUUUUCGCGCAUCGCUGAGUGGAAGAACGGACACAUCCUGUGGAACUCAGACAUCGAGGUCCGCACACGUCGUCGAGAACCGCAGCAUGUAUCCGAGAAGACCGCAGGCGAGGGAGGAGGUCGAGGAGGUACGACGGAGGAAUCUCACACCCUCAACUCGCAUACGCAUCUCGUUCGGCACCCGCACGCGAAAGAGGAGGGCUGGACACUCCCUCCACACGUGCAAGCAUGGUCUUCGCGGGUACCGCCGCUCGCGCGCGUCCUGCGCUAUCGCCUCGACAGCGGAUUCUCGCUUGGGCAAGCGCUAGUUCUGGGGGUAUAUUUCCUUGCGGUGGUGUACAUGUCGUUCUACAAGUCGAACCCGUUUGGGGACGCGCUCAGGACGGGGUUCGUGGCGAUGUCGCAGAUACCACUCGUGUAUGUUCUUGGGGCGAAGAAUAAUGUGGUCGGAUGGGUGACGGCGGUCGGAUACGAGAAACUCAACUAUAUACAUCGUUUUGCGGGUUUCAUGAUCGUGCUGGCCUCCAAUGUGCAUGCACUAGGCUACUUCUAUCAAUGGACAUUAAACGGUACACUCCACAAGUGGAUAAAGGAACCAAGCAACAUAUGGGCCAUCGUUGCCCUCGUUUCCCUGGACAUUUGCUACUUCUUUUCCACACCUUUCUGGCGGCGCAAGGCCUACAACAUCUUCUUCAACACACACGUUCUCGGAUUCGUCCUAUUCCUACCUGCUGCAUACGGCCACCAAGCCUCGAUGCUGCCCUACAUCCUCGCCGCCGCAGGCGCUCUCGCACUGGACCACCUCUUCCGGCUGCUCAAAACGCGGCUGUGCCACGCGCGCAUCCGCGCGCUGCCCACGCUCUGUGGCGGCGCGACGCGCAUCGAGCUCCCCGCGCUCAACGCAGGCUGGCGCGCGGGGCAGCACGUGCGCGUGCGCGUGUUCAGCUCCGCGCUCGGAUGGUUCGGGUGGUGCGAGGUGCACCCGUUUACGAUUGCGUGUGCGGCGAAGACGCCCGAGGGCCUGGUGCUGGUGUGCAAGAAGGAGGGCGGGUGGACGGGGAGGCUGUAUGAGAUGGCGGUGGUUGCGGGGUAUGGGGGUGAGGAGGGGCAUGAAAGGGGGGUGAGGAUUGCUGUGGAGGGGCCGUAUGGUGGCCCAGGGCACGCGAUUUUUGCGAGCUAUUCAGCUGCCAUAUUCUUCGUCGGCGGAAGUGGCAUCACCUUUGCUCUGGCUGCAGUUCAAGAUCUCAUCCAGCGAGACUGCGAAGGUGCAAGCAGGCUCAAGCUCAUAGAGAUCAUCUGGAGCAUCCAAGACGCAUCCUCGCUCACGCCGCUCAUCCCACAGCUCACAGCCCUCGUGCAGCAGAGCAUCUACACGCCCCUCCACAUCGCCGUGCACUACACACGCGCCGCGUCCUCCCUCCCCGCCGAGCCCGAUCACCCCGAACCCAUCAACACUCCCGCGCGGUCCCGCAAGGGCAGCAAAGUCGGCCUCGCCCUCGGCCUAGGCACACGCACCCGCUCGCGCUCACGCACACGCACCGGAUCGCGUCCGUCGCCCACAGGAACAGCCCCGCCGCCCAUCACGCGCGACGGCUCCGGGUCCAAAUCCAGCUCAAGCUCAAGCCCGAAGAAAGACUUCCUCCCGCCCGGACUCUCGCUGAGCGCGGGCCGCCCGCGCCUGGGCCGGACGCUCGACGCGGCUAUCCAGCGCACGACGGCGUACGCGAGCGGUGUCAAGGGCGCGCUGGACAUCACGGGCGUCGUCGUGGGCGUGUGCGGGCCCGUGGGCAUGGCGGACGAGGCGGCGCGCGUGAUCGGGGCUGUGGAUCCGUCGCGGCGGUGGGCGGUGGGCGGUGUGGAAAUGCAUGAGGAGACUUUUGGGUGGUGAUGGCUGCAUGGUCGGCUGGCCAUAUGUGAGGAUAGGCGUGUAAGCUAGAGUAUGUAUCGAUAUCCGUAUAAUUAUUCUAUUUACUUUGUGAAUUUUUGUCGUGCGCUUUCCAGCAGGCACAGAUAAUCCCCG